AGGUUGUACGUCUUGCCUACCAAGACUCUCGCUUCUCAAGAGAAAUCACUCAGUCCUCUGCAGUGGUGCAGGCGUGUUCUGGAUCAUCCAAGUCCUGAGAUAGAGGCUGCAAAACGUUCCCUAUGCUUUAGAUUGGAACAAGCUAGCCGAUGGCGGAACCUCUUCUCUACACCUGUCUCCUUGGCUUUUCCCUAUAGUCCUGUUGCGAGACUCACCCCAUAUACCAAUGGCUUUAAUAGUCCCAGCUUCUCUAAAACCUCCAGUAAAGCAAUACUAACACCUGAACGGACAGGUUACAUUUCUAGGAGUUCCCCUUUGAGCCCACAGUCAUCAAUAGACAGUGAACUGAGCACCUCAGAGCUGGAGGACGAUUCCAUCUCCAUGGGAUACAAGCUGCAGGACCUCACCGAUGUUCAGAUCAUGGCUCGUCUACAGGAGGAGAGCCUUAGGCAAGAUUAUGCUUCAACUUCAGCAUCUGUGUCAAGGCACAGUUCGAGCGUCUCUCUGCAUGCGGGAAAGAAAGGGACAUGCGGUGACCAGGAAUACGAUCGCUACAGUCUUGAGGACGAGGAAGAGUUUGACCACCUCCCGCCUCCGCAGCCGCGGCUGACUCGCUGCACCCCCUUCCAGAAAGGAAUUCCUCACUCACAGACUUUCUCCAGUAUCCGGGACUGCAGGAGGAGCCCGACCUCCCCGCACUUCCCAUCAAAUACUUAUCAGCAGCCCUACUACUCUCCUCAAGCCCAAACUCCAGAGCAGCAACCAAAUAGGAUUAAUGGAGAUAAACUUCGAAGAAGCAUGCCUAACCUCGCUCGGAUGCCAAGUACCCCCACCAUUAACAGUAACGCUGGCUUUGCUAGUUCUCCAGUCACUGUGAGGAACAGCCAGAGCUUUGACUCCAAUUUGCACGGAGCAAGUAAUGGGAUUUCAAGGAUGCAGUCAUGUAUUCCGUCGCCAGGACAGCUUCAACACAGAGUUCACAGUGUGGGACAUUUUCCAGUGUCUGUCAAACAGCCUCUCAAAGCUACUGCCUACGUAAGCCCAACCGUACAAGGUGGUGGUGGUAGUAACAGCAGUAGCAGUAUUCCAGUCUCCAGCAACUUGCAGUUAUAUUCUAACACUGGGAUCCCAAUGCCAAACAAGACUGCCAGUCAAGGGAUUGUAGGGCGCAGUGCUCUUCCAAGACCAUCGCUGGCCAUCAAUGGAAGUGGCAUACCCAGGAGUAAAAUUGCACAGCCAGUUCGAAGUUUUCUUCAGCCUCCAAAGCCACUUUCGUCGCUCAGCACGAUGCGGGAUGGAAACUGGAGAGACGGCUGCUAUUGAUGAAGGAUACCCAUCAACAGUGGAAAAUAAAUAAUGUGGAUUUCAUUACCCAGCUGGCUGGGUAACAAUGAUUGGGAAAGGAGGGUCAUACAGUAUUAUUUCCCCUGGGAUUUUAAUACGUAACCAUCUAUAAUGCAAUGUCAUUUUUAAAAAAUGAACAUCUUAUCAAAUACUAAAAAUUGCACUUAAUCAGUUACCUGAACAGCUGCGUUGUUAUCAGACUAACAAUGGCAGUGUUGGCAUUUGGAACUGGAGAAGGUAUUAUAUAUGUGCAAAGUACCAGAAUAUUUCCUUGGAGAGAACUAGGAGAUAAUGCUUUCCAGGCAGCUUUGCCAUACUGAAAUUCUGAGAUAAUUUAUUCAGUGUAAAGGCACCACACAUUUUAUUUUGAAUUUGGGGGGACUUAUGUAUGUGCUUGAAUUUUUUUCUAGUGUUUCCAGUACAUUUUAUUUUGUAUACCUAAGUUCAUUUAAAUUUGCCUGAACCUUGAACAACAGAGAGAUAAUUUAACUUUUCUGUGCCAUAAAUAAUAUUUUUGGGGUAAUGUACUUUUUUAGUGCUAGGAACAUAUCUUAAAAAAUGGUACCAUUGGCAAUACAAAGCAGUAUAUUUAUGUUGCAGAAGCACAAAAAAAAAGUAGCAUUCACUGGAAAUUGCCAUCCAGCUGGGUCAGCAUGGUUUUGUUGGUCUUUCACCGUUUGUUCAAUUGUUAAUUUAUUGUCAUAGUGUCUUGUACUUAAAAUGGCAGCAUAAGUCACAUUGCACUUACAAAGAUACAGUGUUCUCUAAAACUACAGUUGGUUUUCUGUACUUUAUUACAAAGAAUAAAAUUGUAACAUUUUAUUAACAAUUACUUAUGGAAAAUGAGGUUUUAAUGCGAAUAAAUCUUUUUGAUAGAUCUUUUACAAAAUCCAGUUGCACUAAUCAAUGCUUUCUUAUAAUGGCAUAUGACUUAAUAUUUGAUUACAACUGUGUAUACUGCUGUUUUGGAAUGUUUCAGAAAUAAAGAAUCUAUUUCGGCAA